AUGAGUGAUCAUAAAACGACAAAUUUACAUGCUCCGCCACCACUAGGUUCGGUAGCAAAUACUUUAAUUAGUCAACAUCAUCAAAAACUAGAAUCGAUUGAUUAUACAGCUGAUGAAAGUAUGAUUGCUGACUUUAUGGCUGUCUUACCUCAACUUGAUCCAAAUGAUUCAUCAUCAGCAGCAACAUCACCAACAUUCAAAAUCAAAGGACAAUCAAAUGAAACAUCAAAAAUACUCGGCAAAUUCGAUGCAUUUGCUGCUGCUGUUCAACAACAACAACAGCAACAAAAUGGUAUAUCCAUAGCAUCGGCUCUUGUUAAAAAAGUUCAACAACAAUUAUUACCAGCAACAUCUGGAUUAUCAAAUGUUCAAUCAUCAUCAUCAUCGUCAUCAUCACCAUCAACAAUAAAUCAAAUUGAUUAUCCAAAUAAUACUAAUAAUAAACGAAAACGUAAAGUUGAACAUCCAGCACAAAAACGUAUACGUGGUUCAUAUAAACUUGUUUCACCUGAACAAAAAAUAAUGAUACACGAAUAUGCUGAAAAACAUGGUGUUAAAGCAGCAUCAAAAUUAUUUCAAGUAGCACCAUCAACUAUAGCUUCAUGGUUAUAUCAAAAACCAAAUGGCGAACGUACAUCAGCUAUACGUAAUAAAGAAGCACAUUCACGUAUACUUCAAUGGAUUCAAACACGACAAGAAAAUGGUGAACGUGUAAAUAAUCGUGAUUUUCAUUCGUAUGCAUUAGCAACAAUGAGAGAAUUAACUGGAAAUCCAGAUUUUGCCGCAUCACGUUCAUGGUGUUCAAAUUUUCUUAAAAAAUAUAAUAUUCAAUUGGAUAGCGAUAAACAAGCCGAUUCAACAUCGGCACAAUUUCGAUUUGAUUCUAUUGAUGAAAAUGCUAGUGAGAGUUCUCAAUGUUAUAUGGGUGGUAAUAGUCCAGCUGAUGUUUUAACAGAUGAAGAUGAUAGUCGUCCAAAUCUUCAUAUAUCAAAUGAUGAUGAGGGUCAAACAAGUCCACAUAGAUUCUCAGCAAGUGAUUAUAAUAAUAAUCAAACAACAAAUCCAAAUCAUUGUUUAUCACCAUCAUCACAAACAAAAACAUUAAAUGGAAUAGAUAAUGUAUCAACUACGACAACAACUGUGAUUAAAGUUGAACAAGAUAAUGAUUGUAAUUAUUCAUCAUCACCAUCAUCACCACCCCCAAUUCAAACAUUACCAAAUAAAAUCUCUGUAACAACAAGUUUACCUGCUUCAUCAUCUUCAUCUACAGCUGGUAAACGUCUUACUGGUACACUUAAUCGAUUGUUAUAUUCAGCUAUUAAUCGACCAAAUGGACAUCAUUAUUAUCAUCAUAUUAAUGGAGUAUCAUCUUCGCCAUCAGCAUCAUCAUCAUCAACAGCAACAACAUUAGUUGUUGAUUCAACAGCUAAAGAACCAAAAACAAGUUUAGAAAUGACGACACCAGCAAUUGAAACUUUUGUACAACAUUUUGAUAGUUCAUUUAAUACAAUGACUUAUUUUCAAGAAAAACUUCAACAAUUACUUGUUUCUAUUGCACAAGAACGAGAUACAUAUCGAACACUUUAUCUCAAGGAACAUGAUCGUCGUUUAGCUGCUGAAUUGCGACUUAAAGAGAGUAACAAUACAAUAGCCUAG